AUGUCAGCCGCUGGUGCCCGGGGCCUUCGGGCCACCUACCACUGGGUCCUCAGUAAAGUGGAGCUCCUGCUGCUGGAGAAAUUGAGGCUGUUGUACAACCACCCGGCAGGUCCCAAAACAGUUUUUUGGGGGGCUCCAGUUAUGAAAUGGGGGUUGGUGUUUGCUGGAUUGACUGACCUGGCCAGACCUGCAGAGAAACUCCGCACAGCUCAGUCUGCUGUUUUGAUGGCCACAGGGUUUAUUUGGUCUAGAUACUCACUUGUAAUUAUCCCAAAAAACUGGAGUCUCUUUGCUGUUAAUUUCUUUGUGGGGGUAGCAGAAGCUUCUCAGCUCUUUCGUAUUUGGAGAUAUAACCAAGAACUAAAAGCUAAAGCAAACAAGAGUUCCUGA